CUUUGGAGGUCGGAGAAGCUCCCUCAUCUUGCGUAUAGAGUCCAUUGUAAACAUGGCUGCCGCUGUGCAUCGGAUUCUGUCCUUCAGUAGAAAUGCUAAGGCGCUUGUAUCGCCUUUGAAGACCUCGGCGGUUUUUCUACAGCGCUACAGUUUACAAGCGUCGACCACUGGAGAGCAAAUUACCCACACCGGACAAGUGUAUGAUGAAAAUGAUCCCAGGCGGGCCAGGUUCGUGGGCCGACAGAAAGAGGUGAACAAGAACUUUGCCAUCAAGCUGGUCGCUGAAGAGCCAGUCAGUUGCAUAGAGGCGAGAUUGGUGUCAUGUGACGGUGGUGGAGGAGCACUGGGCCACCCAAAAGUCUACAUCAACCUGGAUAAAGAAACUAAAGUGGGCACAUGUGGCUACUGUGGACUGCAGUUCAAGCAGACCCAUCAUCAUUGAGAUGCUUUCUCAGUCCUCUCUCUCUCUCUCUCUCUCUCUCUCUCUCUCUCUCUCUCUCUCUGUAGUCUGUCAUUCUGGUUAAUAAAUUAUAUCUACCUUUCUCCUCA